CCUCGAGGGCUCCAGAUGUUAAGCAGAAGCUGAUUGUUAAAGAAGAACCUUCUUUAGACCACAGACCUCCUGCUGACCCGCAUGACCCAACGCACCCCCACAUAAAGGAGGAGAAGAAGGGAGUCUACAUCAGUCUGCCAGGAGAGCAGCUCAAUGGGAAGGAGCUUUAUCCAGACCAAAUUAAAGGCAAAGAGCUUCCAGAAGAGAAUGAUAGAGAAGAAUACAUCAGGAUACCAGAUCAUGGACAUGCUUCCAUUUCUUUAGAGACUGAAGAGGACAGUGAUGUAGAGCACUCUCUCUCUGACCUGAAACACUCUGGAUAUAAGAAAUGUUCUAUGGUAAACAAAAAUGUGGACACAAGAAGAAAAGUCCAGACAGGACUGAAGCAUAGCUGUGAAGACUGUGAUAAAAUACUGAUUGGAAAAUCAGCUUUAAACAAACACAUGAGAAUCCACACAGGAGAGAAGCCUUUCUGCUGUGAACUAUGUGGACAUAGAUUUAGCCAAAAAUCACAUUUAAACACACACAUGAGAAUCCACACAGGAGAGAAGCCUUUCUGCUGUGAACUAUGUGGACAAAGAUUUAGCCGAAAAUCAACUUUAAACACACACAUGAGAAUCCACACAGAAGAGAAGCCUUUCUGCUGUGAUCUAUGUGGACAUAGAUUUAGCCAUAAAUCAACUUUAAACACACACAUGAGAAUCCACACAGGAGAGAAAUCUUUCUGCUGUGAUCUAUGUGGACAUAGAUUUAGCCAAAAAUCACAUUUAAACACACACAUGAGAAUCCACACAGAAGAGAAGCCUUUCUGCUGUGAUCUAUGUGGACAUAGAUUUAGGGAAAAAUCUACUUUAAACACACACAUGAGAAUCCACACAGAAGAGAAGCCUUUCUGCUGUGAUCUAUGUGGACAUAGAUUUAGCCAUAAAUCAACUUUAAACACACACAUGAGAAUCCACACAGGAGAGAAAUCUUUCUGCUGUGAACUA